AUGUUUCGAUUCUCGUCGUUCCUUGCUCCUCUGAAACAGCUGACAUAUUUCUUUACUGAAAAGUCUUUAACCACGUGCGAAAAAAAAAUGGCUUAUGUUAUUCCAAUUGCUUGUUUUGAAGCUAGGAUAAGUGGGAUACCGCUGAGCUUGAGAAAAUCGAUGCAUUUGAAAUGCAAUACUUGUAUUUUCAAUAUAUCUGACCAAAGCUUCGUUAAGUUCUAUGCAAUUGACAAGAUUACGUUUAAAAAGAUUUUAAAGGUGGUCAAGCCAUAUGUGCAAGUAUCUGCAUUGUCACACCCAAUCCAAUUGGCUGCUGUGUUUCGGUACUUGGUUACUGGUUGCUCUGAGCUUGCUGUGGCCCACGAUUAUCGUGUUAGAAUUGAAAGCAGCAUGCUCGCAAAGAUUCUAAAUAGAUUUAUUCCGUUGCUACAAAAGCUUCUCUGUCAGGCUACUAUAUCAAUCCAAAUGUCCAGGCAACAAAUGCAGAUAUCAUCUAAAAACUUCUGGGAAAAAUAUAAGCUACCAAAAGUAGUUGCCUGUUUGGUUGGAACUCAUAUUGGCAUUAAGAAGCCUGCAAAGGAUUGCUCUGAUUUCCUUAAUAAAAAGGGUUAUUAUAGCUUGAACGUCAUGUUGGUUUGCAACGACAAUAUGGAGAUCAUCGCAAGUGAUGCCACUUUCCCUGGGUCAUGCCGUGAUUCAGUUAUAUGGAACCGUUCCAGGGCCAGAGAAUUAUUGUCCGUCACCUUAAACGGACAUUUUAUUUUGGCGAACUCCAAAUACUCGCAAGAGAGCUUCGUUUUAACUCCCUACAAGAACGCAGAGAUUGGAACAUAUCAGCAUACAUUUAAUUUAAGGCAUGCUCAAGCCAGAAAUAUGGUCGAACAGACUAUUGAAGUGCUUAAAAACCGUUUUCUUUGCCUGCAACGAGGCUUAAAAUAUGAGCCAUCGUUUUGUUGCAUGAUUGUUAAUGUAUGCUGUGCUUUGCACAACCUAUGUGGAUCGCAAAAUUUGACCAUAACUGAUGAAUUUCAAUUCGAAGGAGAUGAUAACGGACAACGUGAACGCGAUGAAAUUGCUCAAUCGCUCUAAGUUUAAGCAUUACCCAUAAAUGCACGGGUAUAAAAACGAGAUAUUAAUGUAGAGUAUCCAUUAAUUGACAAAUAUAAUAAUAAACAUUUCUUCAUU